AUGAGGACAUUUACGGCUGUUCAGCCAGUGGGGGGAGCGGAGUUGUUGGCGGCACUCGUAACCAGCGACGGGCUCCAACCAGAACUUGACGACCAGACGAGUGCUAGGUUCUUGACCUUUGAUGUGAAGGGCGAGGGCCAAGUGCACGCGGUGGCAUUAGGGUCGGAGGUCGAACUCCAGGAGCUCGAUGCCAAGCUCGAAGCCUCAGAACUGAACCAGUGCAAGCUCGUGUUCGAAAGCAUAAGCAGACUCAAGGUUUUCAACGUGCCGGAGCAAACCACUCCCCACUCUGUUGUUCGCAGCAGCCUGAAGAAGUUCUUAGAUGAGAAGACCGGGGAGACGGAGACCAGACGCCAGAUUUGGGUGGAUGCUUUCGGCAAGUGUCAAUUCGAGACUGAGCACACGGGCGACGAUAGGCACACGGGCGUUGCUGAGGACACCGGCGCCCAUGAGCUACAGGUGUUUACGAGAAAGCUAAAUCGGAAAGAGCUGCCGCGUCUCUUGCCCAAAGUGCAACAAGACUGGAGGGAGGGGAUGAAAAGGUCGGCGGUCAGCUCGUGGACAGACUGCUUGGGCCUCGAGGUUGCACGCGAUGCUUUCAACCGGUACCCACUGCAAACGAAAUUGGCGGUUGCAGGCGGUGCGCUGUUGGCGGCGGCGGGUUGCUACUUUAACUUCUUUCCUCCCGGCGCCAGUGGUGCGCCCUCGGGCAAUGACUCGACGGACUUGGAGAAUUACGCGAAGAUCUUGCCCUGUGCUAAUGAGACCCAGUUGGAAAGGACCUUGUGUGUAGAAGGUAUCCCGUAUUGCAUGACGGCGAGAUUAAAGCCUGAGAGGGGCUGCUUGCCGCUCCCAUCCGAGAUCGGAUUUGGUAAGUUGAGUGAGAUAGCCAGGACUGCGACCUUCGACGUUUGUCGGGCGAGCGGCAGAUGUGAAGUGGCUGACAUUCUUCCCACCCGCAUCAGUGGUGCGUCCCCAAGCAGCACCUCCAGAGUUUUAGAGAAGUUCUCGCCUUGUGUCAAUGAGGCCGACUUGGAACGGGCUGUGUGUGUGAAUGGAGUACCGCUUUGCGUGUCGCACAGACAACGCCCUGAGUUGGGUUGCUUGCCGAUGCACUUCGUCUCGGAGAUUGGAAUUGAUAAGUUGGGUGAACUAGCAUCCUCUACGAUGAUGAAGGUGUGCCGGUUGAGUGGCGAGUGUGGACACCAAGUCCGUGGAGACACUAAGAGCGUUGCGGGGAAGAAUAUCUUGCCCUGUGUGAAUGAGACUCGCUUGGACCAAGUUCUGUGUGUCGAACGCGUCCCUAUUUGCCUGACUUCGAAUGAAGAUUCUGAGAAGACGUGUUCGCCGUUCCAGUUCGACCCCCCGCUCCGACUUCUAGAUUUGGGUCGAUUGGAGUCUAGAGGGUUGACGGCUUGCCGCGCGAAGACCGGAUGUGGAGUCCUUGACGUAAUAAACCAGCCAGGCGCGGUCUUGCCCUGUUUUGAGGAAACCCACUUGGAUCGGUCCGUUUGCGUUGGAGGUGUGCCUUUUUGCGUGACGUUGGUGAACGACCCAGAAAAGUCAUGUUGGCCGUUCCGCUCCUCGUCCGACCUUCAAGCGAUGGAUGCACUACCAUUCUAUUCACUGAACGUUUGCCAAGGUUAUGGCCGAUGUGAAGAGCCUGACAUCAAGACGAGAAGGACUAACCCAACUCCUAGCGAAACGACGGAGCCGAAGAUCUUUCCGAAGGUGGACAGUGCGCUCCUGGGCAUCGUGCCCAGGAAGACGCGGUGGAGCAAGGUGUCGACUUGUGUGGAUAGAACCCAUUUGGAACGCGCCGUGUGUGUCGAAGGUCUACCUUUCUGCGUGUCGGAGAAGGGAGAUGAUGAGUGCUGGACGGUGAACAGUAACUACAGGCUCAAACUUGGAGACCUAGGGUGGUUCCAAAUGCCGGGUAGCAAGUGGGAACUUUGCCGUGGGGAAGGUGGAUGUCAUUAUUUGGAUAAUUAA